GGAACUUAUCUAAUUAAUUUUCCUUCUCACUUUCAUAAUUCUUUGCAUGUGUUUACAAUAAUUAUCAUUCUAACUUAAGAAUCAUUUAUUAGAAAUUGCUAGUAAUGUAAAUAUAAUGAGAUGAUGACCUUGCUCAUUUGUUCAUUAUUUUGACAAUAUUUCAAGUAAAUUUACUAGAGGCCACUUGGAGGCGAAUACGCCAUAGCCUUCCCUUCCCUUCACUUUCAUGUGCUUAUUUUGAUGGAAAUUGAAGUUCAUUAUUGAAAGAGCAGUUCUUUUGCCAUCUUCCUGGAUAUGCUUGCAGUGACAUAACUAGAACUCAAACAAUCAUAUGAUCAUGAACUCAAGAUCAGAAAAAGAUUUUCGAGCAAAGCAAGAAGACGAUGCCAAUAUUUCCAGCAAAUUUUCAAAGAUCCCAUCUUCUUCAUCAAGACAGUGGUCAUCAACCUUAAAAAAUCCAAGAAUUGUACGCGUCUCACGUAAUUUUGGAGGCAAAGACAGGCAUAGCAAAGUGCGUACUUUGAGGGGAUUGAGAGACCGACGAAUUAGGCUUUCAGUUCCUACUGCAAUUCAAUUGUAUGAACUUCAGGACAAGCUUGGACUAAGCCAGCCUAGUAAAGUUAUAGAUUGGCUCCUCGAUGCAACUAAACACGAAAUCGAUAAACUUCCCCCUCUUUUGAUGCCUACAGGAAUGACUUUCAGCCAAUUUCCUGGUGAUCAUCUGUCAUCCGGGCUUUCCCAAUUUUCGGAUGCAAAUCAAUCUUACGCAAAGGAUUUAGGAAUCAAUCACGCAUUUUUCCCUUGCAAGGAAGAAUUAGGGAUCAAGAAUGUCUGUAACCAUGUUGAAAGGGUACAGCAGAAUCAAGAAAAUCAAGAGGGUUUUGGAGGAUAUUUGGCACAGAAUUUAUUCCCACUAGGAAAUUAUCAAUCUCGUUUUCCUACACCUUCGAUAAAUAAUUCCUACUUUAAUUGGGAUACUAAUUCAAACUUGUCUUUAUCUCAAUUUGGAGCUGAAGAAUCCCACAACAAUAUUUCUGCACCAUCUUCCAUGGCUUUACCUUUAAGCUCUCAACUAUAUUCCUACCCAUCUGUGACAACUGUACCGUUGUUAAAUUUCCCUCCAUUAAUCCCUUCGUUUAUGACCGCAUCAAUGGAGAGUGAGUUGAGACAAGUUAAUCACUUCCAGCAACAAAAUUCAUUGAUGCCAACCCUUCAUUUGAUUAGCUCUCCGAUGAAAUCUUUCGGGUCAAAUGCCAAUCAAACUGUCCGACUGCCGGAAAUUGGUAGCAAAGAAAGCAAUAGUUCUUAACCACGAAAGAAUUGUUGCACAGUGAGAGGAUCAUGGAAGAGACAAAGUAUUCAUUCUAUUUCCAGCUUUGCAGAUAGUGGGGUACAGUAAGUCAUUCUUAUGUCUUUAUAUAUACUAUAUUUAUUUCCAUAUAUAUAUAGAGAGAGGUACACUGAAAAUCUGUCAUUAUUACAACAUUUGCAUUGCCAUGUUCAACUUACAGAAACCAAUAGUUAAUGAUUUACUAAUAAUAUGUAAAAUUCGAGACAAUUGCACGAGUUGUAUGGGAUGAUUAUCUGAUUUUGCUAUUCCCUUCAUGUUUUUUUCUUGCU